UAUUUAUAACCACUAAAUCUUCUUCCCACUAAAGUAUUGAAUUUAAGGUAAAGGUAUAACGAUGAACGGUAAAUCGGCGAACGGCACAGCGGGCGGAACACUGGCCUUCAUUGAGGGGCUACCACCACUGCCGAAGAGCCUAAGCGGCUUGCUGAAUUCAAGCGGCGGGUCUUGGAGAGAGAUGGAAAGGAUGCAUGCAAAGAAAACCAUGAUCCAAGACGACCUUAGUCGUGGGCAAAAUAAUUCCGACAAUCUUUUUGCGAAUAAACCGGCCAACGUUGAUGCGGCUUUAGCACUCCUCCGAAAAGAAAUGGUGGGGUUGCGUCAGCAGGAUAUGUCUUUGCUGUGUCAGCUCUGGUCCCUUCACGAGUCAAUCAAGGAGUACAAGGGCAGCUGCCAUGACCUCAGCGCCGGGCACGGGAUAGAGAAUGGCUACUUUGAUGAAGAUGAUGAAUACUACCAGGAGACGAGCACAACACCAACUGACCAACCGGAGGGAAGUGAGGCAACAUCUCCCAAAAACGGGACAAGCAAGGACUCCUGGUUAGGAGACUCUUUCCACAUCACCGUCUGAGAGACUCAAGAGCUGAGCUUGCUUGACUCCACACAUUUGAGGCAAUAUGCUU